AAAAUGGCGGCGCCCAUAAGUUGGUUUCGCGCGGUCUGCUGUUCUAUCUCCACGGUGCUAUUUUGCGAGUGCUAAAGCUUGGAUAUGACGAAAGGCUGAUUUUCAAACAAUUUGACUAGUCACGAACCAAGCACUAUGGCGUUUGCCCAGGUUGUAAUUGGACCACCCGGUGCUGGCAAGACAACUUACUGCAACGGUAUGAAGGAAUUCCUCACAAGUUUAGGACGCAAAGUCGCCGUGGUCAACCUGGACCCAGCAAAUGAUAUUCUACCGUACGAAGCUGCUGUGGACAUUGCCGAUCUGAUUACAGUUUCGGAUGUGAUGGACAAAUUGAAACUAGGACCAAACGGUGGCUUGGUCUACUGUAUGGAGUACUUGGAGAAAAAUGUUGAUUGGUUGAAAACGAAACUGACUGCUCUUACAGGACAAUACGUGCUGUUUGAUUGCCCGGGUCAGGUGGAGCUCUUCACUCAUCAUAACUCUAUGAGGAACAUUGUGGCUUUACUUCAGAAAUGGAAUUAUAACCUUGUUGCUGUCCAUCUCGUGGAUUCACACUACUGUAGUGAGCCUUCCAAGUUUAUUUCUGUCUUACUUACAUCGCUAUCCACAAUGCUUCAGAUGGAGCUGCCACAUGUCAAUAUACUCUCCAAGAUUGAUCUCCUUGAGAAGUAUGGAAAGCUGGCAUUUAACCUUGACUUCUACACUGAGGUUCUCGACCUUCAAUAUCUCCUACAGUACAUGGAGGGUGAUCAAUUCUUGAAGAAAUACAAGAAGCUAAAUGAAGCCUUGAUCGGUCUGGUCCAAGACUACAGCCUAGUCUCGUUUGUUACUCUCAACAUACAGGACAGAGAAAGCACUCUAGAUGUUGUUAAGGUCAUUGAUAAAGCUAACGGUUAUGUCUUUGGUGACUUGGAGGAACGCAACAUGCAGACUCUUAUGUCAUGCGCAGUGGGAGCUGAUUUUGAAUACUUCAAGACAGCUUCAGCACAAGAAAAAUAUAUGACAGAGGAUAAACAAGUACCCAGUGUAAAGGAGCGCCAUGAGGGCAGAGGAACUGAGGAAAGUUGACAGUAAGGACUAUCCGCAUUAUCCCAAUGUUCCUGAAUCCAUCAAGUUCUAGCUGCAAUUUGUAUAUCAAACACCACUUCUAUGGAUUCUGAUGGAUUUGGCAUGCCAUGCGAGUUCAGAUUUGAACAAUCUCUGGUACAAUGACUUGCUUAGUCACAAGUUAAUGCUUAAUUAAUUUGAAUUCCUCGGACUAUAGAGACAGUUGCUUCGUCACAUGAUUCGGGGCAAGCUUUUGUAUAGCAACCUCUAGAUGACCAAACCCUGGUAUCAUUGUGCCCUACACAUCCAUUUAGAAUUGUGUAUGGGUUUUUGCCUUCGAUAUAAAGCUAUAAUGUACACAGUCCCCCAAGGAUCCAUUUUGAGCCCUUCCGGUUCCAGUACCAUUCUGUAUAAAGUCAACUUCUGAAUCUAUGUAAUCAAAGCUGCAUCUUUGUGGUUAUCAUGCCAUAAACAUGUACAGCUGUCUCCCUGGGCGUACUUCAAGAUGUAAAGUGACGUACUAUUCCCCUAGUAACCAAUGGACCAUAGAAACCAGUGUACUAUACCCAUAGCAACAGCAGCUUCUUGGUACCUAGAUGUCUAGGCCCAAUAUUUAUAUAAGUAUGGGCUGAUGUAUAACAAAUAUUGACUGCUUUACUCAUACUGUACUCAUGCUGUAGUUAACACACCGAGGAUCACCUCAGGAGUUGUAGUUUUAAACAGCACUUGAAGCAGUCAGUAUUCAGUAUUUUUACAUUAUCCCCCCCCCAUUUACCCUCUCCUAUCCCCUCCCCCUCACACACCCACCUUAAUUCAUAAUUUAUUCAUAGCCCAUAGUACAUCUCCUCCUAAUUGGCUCACAGACCCUAGCACUGUCCAACCCAUUUCUUUCAUUAUGAAUAUUUAAUGACUUAUUGAUACUUGGACUUUUCCAAUCCUUUGCUUCAGUGGUAACAUCAAUAACUUCUUUCUCAGCAAAAGUCCAUUGUUAUUUGGAAUACUGGUUGCAUGCUGUGAAUAGACAAUACAGUAUGUUAGGUACUUUGGCUGUGUUUAUUGGCAAAGUAAAUGGGAUUUAACUAUAGUAUAUAAGCAGGGGGGUUAGCAGGUUUUACCAAAAUUUGCAAAGUCACACAAAUAACUCCUCUUAUGAUAUUAAAGGGGCUGUGUAGGGGCAAGUGUGAAGUUAAAUGUGGCGAGAGUUGAUUACUCCAUAUACAGCCACAUGUCUACUUUAAUCACGACAACACAGUCCCUGUAAGGUAUAUCUUUGGUAUCGUUGAGAUUCAGUAUUGUUUUAAGUGGGACAACCUGCCACAAUGGGUGUAUGUACUCUCUUUGAAUCAAGAUAAGGUACAAAAAUGUUAAAGUGGCCAACCUGCUGCAGCUCAUGUCCCCAUUUACUUUGAAUCAAGAUAUGCAUUGAGGCAUUGGAAAUGUUCACAACAUAAUGUGCUGCUAUACUUGCUCUCAUUGAAUAAAGAUAAGGUACAUCAUUUGUUAUCUGAAAAUACUGCUGCUGUUCGUGUUGACUAACAUUUGUAUAAUUUUGAUAUGCAUUAAAUUUGUAAUCGCUGUACCUAGUUAAGACAGUUCUAUAUUUUAGCAGAUAACUAUUUUAAGGAGAAAGGGGCGGGAAAGUAAUGUAUAAUUAAUUAGGGAGGGGGCUAGUUAGUUUUAGAAU